UCUGUUCAGUGGUUGCUACGGGGUUCAGAUGGUUGCAAGGGUGUUUUGGGUAGUUGCUAGGUUCUACUUGGGUUGCUAGGGUCAUCGGGGUUGUUUGAUAGGAUUUUCUAGGUUGCAAUACGUGCUGCUAGUGGUUUCAGCACGGCACCAUGAGCGCUAGUAUUAGUGAUGACUGAUCUAACUAACAUUACUAAUGAAACUCACUUUGAGCCACUGGAGCACAGGAGAUGUAAAUUAGUUAAAAGUACCAGACAGAAAAUAGUUAAACAUAACACAGUGUAAUCAUGUUUAAGAUCUCUGAAUAUCUCUCUUUUUUUCAUCUGUAUUUGAUGUGUACUGAUAUUUCAGCUGAUGAUUCUUCAAUGAUCUGAAAUAAUGAUUAGCAGAAAAACCACAAACCAGACCGAGUUACAGCUGUGAAACCCUAAACCUUAAUUUUCUCAGAAAUCUCCAGUUAACAGGCCCGAUACAUGGUAUAAUUUCACUUGGAACGAGAACUAUCUAUAAGUAAGGAAGAACUGUGUGAUUUGGUCAUAAAUUUACACAUACUCUGACAUUACUGAUAUAGAAACCUAGCCUUAGUAUAAGAUAUAUUAAUGGUAGAUAAAUCCUUAAAAGUGAAGCAUCCAUCCGUUCUGAUGAGAACACAGAUCAGUUUGGCUAUAUGUGUUGCUCUCUGAUUGGUUGGCUGUGUUCCGUCCACCAAUCAGGAUGACUCAGAUGUGCUGUCAGUGGUGAGCAGCUACUGUGAUGUCAGCAGAGGGGGGUGCAGCUUUGAGGACAGCUCCCUCUGCAUCUUGAGUCCCGACUGUGACCUGAACCUGUGUGACGGAGAUGACGGCCAAAGCUCGGACAGUCAGGGUGACGAUUCUGUGUACAGCAGCUCUGCCGGUUCAGAGGAAUACUCCAGCCUGCUUCAUCAUCCUUCAUCCUGCUGCAGAAUGACCCGCUUGGAUCCGCCAUCGCACCAAGCAAGCCCCCGUGGCUGGACGGAGGUGUCUCAAAGUGGCCGUGAUGGUUUUGGGAAGUUCAGUUUUUCUCACGGCAGUUUGACGGAACGGAGGGAAUGGGAGAGUGAAUAUUUCUCUCUGGGAAGGGCUGCGGGCAGCAGAGCUUUCUGUGAUCAAAGCCCUUCUACUCCCUAUCGGCAUUCAGAGAGAGGGCAUCCCCUGCCUAGCAACAAAAGCCCCGAACCCAAAGCCACCAUUCCAUUUCGGAACCCGAAUCUGGGCGUCCCUUCGGAAAGGAGAACCUCUGAGUUUCAGAAUGCAGAGCAGCUUGCAGAAAACUAUCCUCCGCAGUAUCCUCCAGAACCGCUGGAUCUCGGCCUGGAGGUUGAGGCCCUCGCAGGUCCCCGGGCCCUGAGUCCCACCCCUUUCAAGCAAGCUGAAUCUUUCAGGGCCUCCAGUCGAAGAGGUGGACGAAAUGCCCACACGUCUCCCUUACAGAAAUCGGGAAUACUUAACUCUUCCCAAAGAGGAUCUGGCCUCUCCUGUUCCUCCUCUCCCUCCCAUAGUACCUCCCCGUUCAGACGGGCCGAGUCCAGCGGCUCUCUCAACACGGUUGGCUUUUGGUCUAGCGGAGAUUCACACGGACAGGAUCGGCCAUCGGUCAGCCUGGCACGGAACAGUUACUCUGGAAACCUCAGAUCGUUUGCAAGCACUGUGGGCAGCGUCAGUAGCAUUAAUAAGUCUCUGUCGUACAUGGAUCUGAGAGGCACUUUGCAGAAACCCGAGACCAACAGCUCCUUCAUUGGGUCUACAGAGAACCGUGGAAGCUUGUCCCCUUCCAGACGGAGUUAUGACAGUCCUGCUGUUAGGAAAACUGAAACAAAAAGCCCUUCUUACGAGCGUGGCCACAACAGACAGAGUGCCUUCUCCUCAGUGGGCCGCCAUGAUUCAAGAAGCCAGUCCCCUUCCAGACAGAGUUAUGAUAGUCCUGCUGUUAGGAAAACUGAAAUGAAAAACCCUUCUUAUGAGUGUGGUCAUGACAGACAGGGUUUCUCCUCCUCCUCCUUGAAGAGCCGCUAUGAUUCCAGAAGCCAGUCCCCUGUGGGGAAGCUGGAGACAAAUGGCUCAUCAAGUCAGAUUCAAGAGGGUCGACGAAGUGCGUCUCCAGUCAGAAAGGGCUACGGAACACCAAGCCAAUCGGAUAGAAGAUCCAUGUCUAACGGAUUGAGUUAUGACAGAAAAAGCCCCUCCUCACCCAGAAAAGGCUAUGAAAUGCAAAGCCAAGCCACAAUGAAGAAACCAGAGACAAAGAGCUCCCUUCACAGCUACAACCUAGACAGCCGACACUCUUCCCCAAGUAGAGGUCAUCACCAAAACCCUGUCCCAUCAUCGCUUCGUAAGUCCGAAACAAGCCAGUCCUCAUUAAAAAUUGUUCCCAAGAGCCACAGUCCCUCCCCCUUAGCUCAUAUCCAAUCUCUUCCUCACAAGUCAGAGAGUGGUCAGAGCCCCUCUGUGUCUACAUUGAGGCGUGAGAUUGCAGACCACAUCUCUCUGAGAAACACUAUGAGUGACAGAACUGGCUCCACCUCUUAUGUAAGAAACACCCUGAGUAGCCAAUCACAGCAUGAUUCAAACCCUUCAUCAGGCCGCUGGAGAGGCUCCACCCACUCUCUCCACAGCCAGUCAGUCUCACGUAACUCCUCCCCAUCACGCCACAGCAGCGAGAAGAAACAAAUCAGCUCCUUUACCAAAUCUGCCCUUGUUGCCUGGGAAACGCCACAAGACGGAAACAAGAAGAGCAGCAUAAGGCAGAACCCAGAGGUACAAAGCUCCACGCCCAACAGCCGACAGGCACAGAGCCGACAGAGAAGCCCCUCCCCUCCGGUCCAAAGACACACACCUUCUCAGAGCUCCAUGGACUCUGAGUCAAGCCAUCUCUCGGCCGGGUCAUUGGGCCUCAACCGGGAGGAAAAUGCCAUGAUGGCUGACCUUCCCAAGGCCAAAACGGUCUUCCAGAGGGAGGGUCCGAGCCACCUGAGGAAGAUUGAGAGCAGUCAGAAACAAGAACUUUCCCGCUACAAACCAGCCAGUCACUCCCAGAGCAAAGCUCCUCACUCGGGAUGGGACAAACUAAAGGAUGAAAGAGACAGUGGUACACUAUUAAGGGCUCACUCGUCCAGCUCCCUACACACACAGAGAGCCAGCAGUCCGGCCGCGGAGCAGACUCAGUCCGGCAGAGCAUCAGGACAGAAGCAGGUGCAGUAAUGCCACCGUCUGCCUGCGGAGGCGCUGUGGGUUCACCGCUGCUCACUGUGUGUUUGCGCUGCAGAAAGCGCACAGGCCGUCCGUGUAUUUCUCCUGCAGCGUGGAACAGACCGAUGAAGAACCAAUGCAACAGGCACGUCAUGACCACACGGCACUCACCAUUAAAGAGACCGUUCACUCACAAUUAAAAACUCUCAAUAACAUUUACUCACCACAUUGUUGUACCAAACCCGUAUGACUUUCUUUCUUUCUUAGAGCACAAAAGGAAAUUCGAGGCAGAAUGACAGCUGGGUGAAGUAUCGAUUCUCACAUAAAAAUAUUGAACCUAAAGUGCAUUUUUAAUCAUUAAUUUUAUUAACUUAGCAAGAAAUUUGGUGCAUAAAAUAAUAAUAAUUCUAAGUGGAAAAACGUAAUAUUAGCAAAUAAUAAGUGUAGGAUAGAACUAUUUCUCCCACUCAUCAGAACCAAGUGGCCACCUCGCGCUCGCUCUCAUGAUGCCAAUAAGGAAGUGACUUAAACUGUAAUUCAUCGACUGGCCACUAAAGGCUGGCUGCAAAAGGGAGUCAGUCCCAUAGACUCCCCAUGUUAAAAUGCCCAACUUUACAG